UCCGCGUUCGGCGAGCGGCCGGGCGAGCACGCCGCCGCCAUGGCGCUCUAUCACUUCAAGAAGAUCAUGGUGGUCCCGUCCGCUAAGGACUUCAUAGAUUUGACGUUGUCCAAGACCCAGCGAAAGACUCCUACUGUCAUUCAUAAACAUUAUCAAAUUCACCGCAUCCGGCAGUUCUACAUGAGAAAAGUAAAAUACACUCAGCAAAAUUACCACGACAGACUCACCCAAAUCAUAAUGGAUUUCCCCAAGCUAGAUGACAUUCAUCCAUUUUAUGCAGAUCUGAUGAACGUUCUUUAUGACAAAGAUCAUUACAAGUUGGCUUUGGGGCAAAUUAAUAUCGCUAAAAAUCUGAUUGACAAUGUCGCCAAAGAUUACGUUCGGUUGAUGAAGUACGGCGACUCCCUUUACCGAUGCAAGCAGCUGAAGCGGGCCGCCCUGGGACGGAUGUGUACGAUCAUCAAAAGGCAGAAGCAGAGUCUGGAGUACUUAGAACAAGUGCGUCAGCAUUUAUCUCGAUUGCCAACCAUCGAUCCAAACACACGGACCCUUCUGUUGUGUGGGUACCCAAACGUUGGGAAAUCCAGCUUUAUAAAUAAGGUGACAAGAGCUGAUGUGGAGGUACAGCCAUACGCAUUUACGACAAAAUCUCUUUUUGUGGGGCACAUGGACUACAAGUAUCUGCGGUGGCAGGUGGUGGACACCCCUGGUAUUUUGGAUCAUCCUCUGGAAGAGAGAAACACCAUUGAGAUGCAGGCAAUAACGGCUCUUGCUCACCUUCGUGCCGCUGUGCUGUAUAUCAUGGAUAUAUCUGAGCAGUGCGGCCACAGCCUGGAGGAGCAGCUCGAACUCUUUAAGAAUAUUAAGCCCCUGUUUGCAAACAAGCCUCUGUUAAUUGUUGCCAAUAAAUGUGACGUGAAGAGGAUUUCUGAACUGAGUGAGGAAAACCAGAAAAUGUUUGCGGAUUUAGAAGCAGAUGGACUUCCCAUAAUAGAGACAAGCACCCUCACUGAGGAAGGAGUGAUUCAAGUUAAAACUGAAGCCUGUGAUCAACUCCUGGCUCAUCGUGUUGAAACCAAAAUGAAAGGCAACAAGGUGCAUGAUGUCUUGAACAGGCUACAUCUAGCUCUCCCAACCCAAAGAGACAACAAGGAAAGGCCUCCUUUUAUUCCGGAGGGUGCCUUGCUGCGCAAAAAACGCAUGGAGGUUGUUGACAUGCCUAAGAGGAAACUGGAGAAAGAUCUGGAAAUGGAACUGGGAGAUGACUAUGUUUUGGAUCUUCAGAAAUACUGGGAUCUAAUGAAUCCGUCUGAAAAGUAUGAUAAGGUACCGGAGGUCUGGGAAGGCCAUAACAUCGCAGACUACAUUGACCCAGACAUCAUGAAGAAAUUGCAACAGCUGGAGGAAGAGGAGGAACUCAGGCAAGCGGCCGGAGAAUACGACAGUGAUUCAGAGAGCGAAGAUGACGAAAUGGCGGGAAUCCGGCAGUUGGCGCAACAGAUUCGUGAGAAGAAGAAACUGAGGAUGCUGGAAUCCAAGGAGAAAGAUACACAGGGGCCCAGGAUGCCAAGGACAGCUAAAAAGGUCCAACGGAAGAAAUUAGAGAAGGAGAUGAGUGAUCUUGGAGUGGACAUGACAGACAAAAAUGAAGCUCAUUACGUGGCCCAGGCAAGACGAUCCCGUAGCGUGACCCGGAAACGUAAACGAGAGGAGUCAGAACCGCCCACGUCUGUUGCACGAAGUCGGAGCUCCUCACGUACACCUCGUGAUGUAUCCGGUCUUCGAGAUGCAAAGAUGGUGAAGAAGACUAAAACCAUGAUGAAGAAAGCUCAGAAGAAAAUGAAUCGGUUGGGCAGGAAAGGCGAGGGGGACAGGCACGUGUUUGACCUUAAGCCCAAGCAUCUGUUUUCUGGCAAGAGGAAAUCUGGUACAAACCAGAGAAGAUAAGUGGCUAACAGUGGACGAUAAAAGGAACGGCUA